UGUAGCUCUGUAGUCUACCUUCUGCAUAGCUGCUUCAGCGGGGCUGGCAACGUGGCUCGGCAGGCUUGCCCCAGAGCCAUGGCAAAGAAUGGAUUUGUAAUUUGUAUCCUGGUGAUCACCUUACUCCUGGACCAGACCACCAGCCACACGUCCAGAUUAAAAGCCAGGAAACACAGCAAACGCAGAGUGAAAGAAAAGGAUGGAGAUCUGAAGACUCAAAUUGAAAAGCUCUGGAGAGAAGUCAACGCCCUGAAGGAAAUGCAAGCCCUGCAGACAGUCUGUCUCCGAGGCAUAAAAGUUCACAAGAAAUGCUACCUUGCUUCAGAAGGCUUGAAGCAGUUCCAUGAGGCUAAUGAAGACUGCAUUUCCAAAGGAGGGAUCCUGGUUAUCCCCAGGAACUCCGACGAAAUCAACGCCCUCAGAGACUAUGGUAAGAGGAGCCUGCCAGGUGUCAAUGACUUUUGGCUGGGCAUCAAUGAUAUGGUCACGGAAGGCAAGUUUGUUGAUGUCAAUGGAGCUGCCAUCUCCUUCCUCAACUGGGACCGUGCACAGCCUGAUGGUGGCAAGCGGGAAAACUGUGUCCUGUUCUCCCAGUCAGCUCAAGGCAAGUGGAGUGAUGAGGCCUGUCGCAGCAGCAAGAGAUACAUCUGUGAGUUCACCAUCCCUUCAUAGGCUCUUCUCCAACGCGUCCUCCAAGCAAGAUUCGUCCUGACUUACAGGUUGAUGAUUUGUAAGAAUAAUAAAAAUUUUACUUAUUGAAAAAUUGCAACACAGGAUCAAAUGCCCAUAGCAAUAUGACUAAGUCAGCCAAUUUCGCCAACACGUUUCUUUGGGACUUUAUCCUUUCUGAGGUCUGGGGGAUCAGAAAUAAUGAUCCAGCCAUGUCCACACAGAUAAAAAGGCUUCUGCAAAAUGCACUAAAAUCUUGCUCUUUCCUAGUCUUUCUCACUUGUAUAAACCCAGUCUGUUUUUAAAAAUAAACCACAGUAGGCAUGCAUCUCAUCACUCCAGAAAACCAAGCUUAGGCUACCUGAAAGGUUUUCCCUUGGAAAUUGAGCGUCUAUUUUAUUAACAAGAAUUCCCUAAAUCAGAGAUUCUAAGUGUUAUAUAAUCCAAAAACCUCUCAGCCCGUUGCACAUUCUGUCCCAUGUUGGCAAUAAUACCUUGUUAGCCCAUUAUCCUUUGGAAUCGCUGCAUCUCUUGGUGGGACUAGUAACUUGUCUGCUCUGUCAGAACACAAAUCUCUGAAGAGGUUCCGAUUUGUUUUUCUUCAUGCCUACCCCGUUUUUGGAAAUUUAAAACCACAAUUUAAAAGGAAAUGACAAGGUGCAUAUCUGAUCAAUUUUCAUUCCCAGCAAUGCACGAUAACCUGUAACUUAAAUGGGUAACUAACCCUAAUGCAGAACAAAGAAGCAGAUUGCAUGUGAAAAGAAAACAGAGAAAAAACAACUUACAUUUAUUUAGCUUUAGCAUCCAUACUCUCAGAUUUUAUGAGGUUGAGAGGACACUUUUGUUAGUUUCUUUACCACACUUUCGUAUGCUUGUAUUUUUUAGCCAUCCUUAUAUAUUUAAGUCUAUUAUGGGCGACCAAUCUUUGAAGGUAAAAACUGAAUUUAUAGAACACUAUUUUGGAAAACUGCAUACAUCUACAAAAUCUUUUAUUCUGCCAACUGCUAUUCCCAUUACAUUGUUUAACUAGAUUGUACAAAAUAACGUCAUUGCUUAAUAUUAAAUUACAAAGUUUAGACUUGGCGGGAAAAUGGGCUUUUUAGAAGCAAACAAUUUUCAAUAUAUUCUGUUCUUCAAAUAAGUAUUUUUGAAAUACCGAAUGUGUUUUGUGAACAAUAUCCUGCUUUGCAAACUUCAGCUACACAUGCUUGGAAUUAAGUGUUAGCUCUUUUCACUGUUCAAUAAUAAAGCCUGAAUUCUGAUCAA